UUGAGAGUAGUAGAGGAAGCAAGAGAGGAUUUACCUGGUCGGGUUGAGUUCACUUCAUUUGACUUUUUUUUUAAAUUAUUGUUAUUAUUAUUAUUAAAAUAAUCAUCCUGCCUCAGAAGAAAGGAAGGUUUUUGGCAACUCUGGUUAAAAAAAAAAAAAAAAAAAAAGACAACUUUUCAUCAAUGGCCUCUUUUGGAUAUUUCCUGUUUCUUUGUGGGUUGAGUCAGGCUCUGUCAAGUUACCCAAUCUGGUGGUCCUUGGCAAUUGGUCACCAGUAUUCCUCCCUAGGGACUCAGCCCAUCCUCUGCGGGAGCAUCCCAGGACUUGUACCCAAGCAGCUGCGCUUCUGUCGGAACUAUGUGGAGAUCAUGCCCAGUGUAGCAGAAGGUGUAAAGAUUGGGAUCCAGGAAUGCCAACAUCAAUUUCGAGGGAGGAGGUGGAACUGCACAACUGUCAAUGACAGCUUAGCCAUCUUUGGGCCCGUGCUAGAUAAAGCUACCAGGGAAUCAGCCUUUGUCCAUGCCAUUGCCUCUGCUGGAGUGGCUUUUGCGGUGACCAGAUCCUGCGCCGAGGGCUCGGCCACCAUCUGCGGCUGUGACACCCGCCACAAGGGCUCUCCAGGGGAAGGCUGGAAAUGGGGGGGCUGCAGCGAGGACGUGGAGUUUGGGAGCAUGGUGUCUCGGGAGUUUGCAGAUGCCCGAGAGAACAGACCAGACGCUCGGUCAGCCAUGAACAGGCACAACAAUGAAGCUGGAAGGACCUCUAUUAUUGAACUCAUGCAUCUUAAGUGCAAAUGUCAUGGCCUCUCAGGCAGCUGUGAAGUGAAGACCUGCUGGUGGUCUCAGCCAGACUUCAGGGUCAUCGGUGACUACCUCAAGGACAAGUACGACAGCGCUUCUGAAAUGGUGGUGGAAAAACAUCGAGAAUCCCGUGGCUGGGUCGAGACCCUCAGACCCAAAUACAACUUUUUCAAGGCUCCAACUGAGAAGGACCUGGUUUACUACGAGAACUCACCAAACUUUUGUGAGCCCAACCCUGAGACAGGCUCCUUUGGAACCCGUGACAGGAUCUGUAAUGUCACUUCCCAUGGGAUUGAUGGUUGUGACCUUUUGUGCUGCGGCCGUGGGCAUAAUACAAGGACUGAGAAACGGAAAGAGAAGUGCCACUGUAUCUUCCACUGGUGCUGCUACGUUCGCUGCCAGGAGUGCAUACGGGUCUAUGAUGUCCACACGUGCAAAUAAAGCAGGCAAAACCCUUACUGGGCUCCAAGUGGAGAAACGGAUUUGAGCCUACUUCCUCUGAGGUUGCAGACAUGAGAGAAGGCUACUUUUUUGAUAUUAAAAGAAUAAAAACUUUAAAAAAGGCUAAAACUGGUUGGAUAGAAUAGGUCUAAUGACUUCUGGGCUAUCCUGAGGUACACCUGGCAGUUACACAAGUUACGCCCCAACAAUGCCUCCUGUAGAAGACAGAGGUUUUUCAACCAGCCAACAAUACAGAGCUGGAAAGAAGAGCAUUAGCAAAGGCAUGGAUUUGCUCUGCUCUCACCCACCUGAAGUGACUCGUGUGAUUAAGUGUCCUUUGAAAGACUUGCAUUUUCCUAAGUAUCUCCUUUUCCCUCAUCCAGACAGAGGCUGUGUUGGACAGCAGCUCCAGGCUUUCUGAGAUCUAUCUGGCCAAAUGGCCAGACUCUGUGUAUAAUAUGAGCAACAACAGCAGCAAAAGAAAUAAAAGUAGAUAAAUUCAUAAUAAAAAAAUAAAAUAAUGCAAAUACUCCUUUGCCCUGGAACCAGAGAAGUCUACAAAUAUAUUAUAGAGCUGUAGAGUGGGCAGCCUUUUCACAUGAACUUCUUAGCGUAGUAGCUUCUGUCAGAUUUGACAUAGAAUUCAGUGACACCUGUAGAGAGCAGGAGAGGGAGAAGGAGAGGGAAAGAAAGAGAAAAAACUGCCAAUGGUUUCCUUCAAAUGCCCUGCUGGCACUCAGGUGAUGUGCACGGUAUGGAAAAGUUCAUUGCCUGACUUGUGAAGUGAAAGGGACUCACUAUGUGUAUUGAGAAGGAGACCACCCCACAGAGAUGUUGCUCCAGCUGUUGCCUGGUACAUGGUUCAACCAACGAGUCUUUCUUGGAAGCAUGCAGUGCAGAGCAAGAUCCCUGGGGUUGGACACUCACUGCUGGGCAUACGAUAUCUCCUCAGCAUCCCAGCUUGCUCCUGGAGAGGAGGAAAGGGAAAGUGUUCAUCCCUUCCACCUCAUUAGAAAAUGCUGCCACCAAGAAUGGAAAGUGCACUUAGUCCAUCCUCUCUCUGCACCUCAUGAAGGCUUCCCCCUGGGCACUUAGCAAAAGCCUUAGACCACAAAUCUGUUGGGAACAAGACUCUGAAGGACUGCUUGUCACCUGCUAAUUUACAUGAUGGUGAGCCAACGCACCACCACUGCACCCCACCAGCUGGAACAGUUUCAGACUUGAGCCAGAUUUUGUCCAAACCUAAUUUCUACAGCUAUUCUCAUCUCUAAAAGUGGCACAGACUAAACCGCACAAACCCCGGAGUCUGAAGCAGCCCAGAGUCCGGGCAAGUUUGGACACAGAGACGAAUCCCAGCUUUGCAGUUCUGGCUCAUCUCUGCUGUUCACCUCUGCCUGCCUGCCUUUGAAUGCUGCUCUACUUCUGAUUUCAGAUCAGGAUUGCCAGUUUACAGAAACAGCUCUCGCCUCCUCCAUGGUCAUCAGGGUUUCCUUCAGCCACGUGGGUAUCAGGCAUGAAUCUCAUCCCACCACCUUGGCAUUUAUAGCACUGUAACUCUCCUUGAGUUAUUCCUGGUCAAUGCUGGCAUAUAGAAUUGUUACGAACCAAGCAAAAAGUAGUAGCCUGUUUAGCCUCAGAUGCACUCGUCCUGCAUUCUCUUUGCCUUACCUAUACCUUUGGGUUCCUACUUUGGAAAAGGACAAUGGAUUGGUAUUUUUAAUUCCUCUUCAAUACCAGAAAGGAAAUGGGGCAUGAUCUAACACCCAGUAACCCAUAAGAGUCUUUUCAUCAUGAUAUUGUAAUGACUAUUGGCUAGUUCGCACCUGCACAUCUAUGCAGAGGAAUCAGAGAGCUCUGCUCUUACUGCAUGCCAGCUUAUUCCAGAGAAUCAAAGCAGGGAGUAUGCAGAGGAGGCAGGAAACAAACAGAGCUUAAUCCCAUCAGAGAGAAAACAGGAAGAAAUUAUGCCUCUAAGGGCUGACUCUGAGUCAUGGCGUCUCCUGGGACUACUCCUAGGCUGGUGUAGUUUGUGCAUCACCCAUUUGUCUCAGGGCUGUGCCCAAGGGCACAAGCAAGCUUUGCUUAUUGAUGGAGGCACUUCUGUCAGUACUCUGCAAAAAAAAAGAUAGAAUGCAAUGAGAGCAGAGAUACAGAAAGGAGGGAAGGAGAACAAAAAAGAUCAAGAGAGGAAAAGAAAAAAAUGGGGAGAAAAACAAUCAGUCAUAUUUGUAUAUGUAAACAUUGAACCCAAUGGAUGGCCACACUCCAACUGGUAGAAAGUAAUAAACCACUAAAAACUGAAAGAAAGAUGGAACAACUAAUGGAUGUAUGACUGACUUUUGUAAUACAGACUGUGAGAAAAGGAAAACAGAGAACGAAGCCACUGGCGCGUGAAAUUGCCACAAUAACUAGUAUUCAAACACAAGCCGUCAAGAAAGGAAAUAUGGAAGAAAACCAUAUAUGCAAUAGAAGACAUGAUGAAUUAGAAAAAAUGGGACAAGGAAAGAUUCAUCUCAUUUACUUAAUGUGCUGCAGUGUUCACAGUGAGAGAUGUUAGACAUGUCCCACCAGGUACUUCUGUCACUAAAUGGUUCCCUGACAGUGAAGAUGCAAAUCAUUGCAGGUCACAGUCCUUAACAAUCGAUUGACUUCAGAAGGGUCACACCCAGCACUAAUUUACCCUAAUGUUUUUGAGCAAGAUGGUUUCAAACUCUUUUAUACCAUAACAGUGAAGAAAUGGGUUGAAGGAUUUGGCUCUGAAUAUGGGAGCUGGACUCUGACUACAGCCCAUCCACAGCACGCUAACAUCCACUGUUUCUGCUUUUGCACCAGAACCAAGCCCAGCAUCACUAGCAGGUGAAGCUCUUUGGGAAGCAUGGAGGGAAGAAAAACCAACAAAAACAGACUAGGCAUUUGCUGAGCAAUUGCCUCUUAAUUUAAACAGAUUUUGGCUGCAGCGCUGGAAUUUCUCUCAUCUGUCUAUGUCAUCUAGUCUAAGCUAUUUAUCUAGCUUUCUGCUAGGAAAAAUGGCAAGAAACAAACAAGGCCAGAAGCUGAUUCAUUAUAGCCUAGAAUGGUAUCUAAGCUAUGUGUGGUAAACUGCCCACUGGGUUCUGUCUUUCCUCUGACUUUAGCUGAUGAGCUCAUACUAGAUGAUGAGCUCUUAGAUGGGUACAGUCUGAUGAUGUGAAGUCCACCCUGAGUCAAGGAGGUGAAGCUACAAUCUGAUCGUCAGCUGAGAUGGUCUGGAAGUUGUACUCCUUCAUUCAAAGCUGGGGUCAGGCUGUCAGGCUUGAAACAGCAAAAUGGUUGGGGACUGCCACCCCGUUCAAGGGAUUUUUAAUGAAGCCUAUGCAUAAUUGUUAAGUUUUAUUAUGUAAUUAGUCAUCCACUGUGAUGAUACAAUGUAAGGGGUUGAGCAGUUGCUACUAAAGUCAAUGAAAAAUACCUGUGUGAAUUUUGUUUAUCAUCCCAAGUGCAUCUGAGGGUCUUAGUCUUUGAUCUGGCUCUGCCUACCUAUAAGGAGGGAAGAGGGAGAGCCUGCUAGGGGUCUGGGAGCAUGCUGAGUGCACAUGCUAGGCUUGCAUCUGACCCCAUGGCUUUGGAGAAAGGACUUGGGACAUCACUCCUUAGUACACAUGAAUUCAGGAAGUGUCAUUGGAAAACUAAGAUCCCAGUCCACUGCCUACACUAGAUGUCUCAAGUCAGGAUUGACACUGUAUUGGUAUGAAAGACUGAGUCAGUGAUGAGUGAGGUGCCAUUCCUCCCUACAUCUCAUCAUGCCUGCAUUGAGUUUCAUUUAGGAGAUGGUCUAAAUUGAACCCAGAGCCACCUUCUGCCUCAGGUUUUUCCAUUCUGUGAAAAUGAUAGGAACUUCUUUAUGUAGGGGACUUAGGGUUUCAUUCAAUAAUAUCAGCACCUGAUGACAUUUUAGGUGCCCUACAAUAUCCUAUUGGGAUCCAGCAUUUGCUUCAAUGGCAUAGGACUCCUGCAAGUCUUAAACUUGGGCAGAUAUGUCAAAGACUGUAGGGUGUGCAAAAUGACAUGAGAUGCCUCAGUGUAGACAGUUGAAUUGUGCACUUGUCUGGAAAUGGUGUUCAGUCAAAACUUCCCCUCCACUUCAGUUGAUCUGGGUAAUGCACCAGUCUAUAGUCAAAAGAACAUUAAUAUCCAACAAAUGGGAGCUGACCAACUCAACCUCCAUGAUCCAUGGUGCCCUUCUCUUCAGUCUUCACUUCUUGUGAGGUUUGUCUUCAGGCAGAUGGUUUGUAUCAGGGAUGUGUCUUGCAAUACCAGGGAAAAGGGAGAAGAUAUCAUCCAGCCAAGUAACACAGAUGAAAAAAUACAAAUAAAAAAAAAGAAUAUAACUCCAUCUUCCUACAUGCUGCUAUCCAACUUUUCCUUUAGCUGAAUAGAUGGGUUUGACAGGGCCCAUCAGUUCUACAUCCAGCCUUAUGAAAGACAGUGGAGCUACCUGCAAGGGGUGAAUUUGGAUUCAUCUCUUUUCUUUCUAUGAAAGAAAUGGAAAGUUUAGGAUUUUUUUUCUUUUGUUUAGUUUUAGAAUUAGGGGG